AUGACCGACUACAAGACGUCGAAAGAGGCCUUCGUAUCUGGCAUGACAGGGUCCAGCAUCGGACACAUUAACAUGAUCUCUCUGGCUGCACUCUCCUCUAUUGCAUUGUACUCUGCGCUCCGGACGCGUCUGCCCCCCAACAGGUCCGAGCAUUUUGCUUUGGAAAUGCUCACGCUCGUCCUUCCGCUCCUUCUCUCGAUAACCCUUUACGCGAAAGCUCCUGUAAUUCUCAAUAUCAUGCUGCUUCUUCCGACUACGCUGCUGCUACUCAUACCGCGCCGCGAGACUGGUAUCCCGCUACCAUCCACUCUGCAAUCAAGCCCCUCGACUUCGCCUUACCGAGGCAGACCUCGCACUCCAGAUCCCUCUGGCGGCAAUUCGCCAUCUACCAGCGCCCUCAUACCACGACUGCCGGCUCUGACAACGUAUCGUGCGCACAUGCUGCUGUUGACGUUCCUAGCCAUCCUCGCUGUCGAUUUUCGCGUGUUUCCGAGGAUGCUCGCGAAGUGCGAGACGUAUGGUGUGUCGCUGAUGGACAUCGGCGUAGGGUCGUUCAUCUUCUCGCAGGGCAUUAUAUCCGCCGUACCUCUGAUCAAGAACCCUGCGUAUCUCACCCAGCCGCUCUUCCCAAAGAUGGUCACGACGGCCCGCAAGUGCCUGCCCAUCUUCGUGCUGGGCUUCGUGCGGACGUUGUCCGUCAAGGGCGUAGAGUACCCCGAGCAUCAGACAGAAUAUGGGACCCAUUGGAACUUCUUCAUCACGCUUGCCUCCAUACCUAUCCUUGAAGUCCUUUUGCACCCGGUGAUGGUCCGCUUGCCGAUCUCGCUUCUAGGCGUCUCAGUCGCGCUCUUGCAACAACUCGUUUUGAGCCACGGCCUAACGGACUAUGUUCUCAACGCGCCGCGCACCGGCCUAAUCAGCGAGAACAAAGAGGGCAUCGUCUCCCUAUCUGGGUAUCUUGCUGUUCACUUGCUCGGGCUCUCAACGGGGACGCUGCUGCUCCCGCCCACGCCGUCCUACUUCCGCAAGCGCCAGCAAGAACUCGCCAGAGCGCCCUCGCCUCGCCGGUCUGCGCACACGCACGACAGCGACUCCGAGAGCGAUGACAGCACGGGCCCACGGAGACCCGGCCAGACGACUACAACGGCCGUGGAGCGGCGCGAGAACGACAAGACGGCGAUCGAGCUGUGCUCGUACGCCGUCCUGUGGUGGGCCCUCCUCGGCGGGAGCAAGCUGCUCGGCAUCGGCAACGGUGUCUCCCGAAGAUUGGUGAACCUGCAGUACAUCCUCUGGAUCGCGGCGUACAACGUGAGCUUCAUCCUCGGCUACAUGUGCCUCGACCUCGCGUUCUUCGCGUCGCCCCUCUCCAAGUCGACGUACUCGCCGUACUCGAAGCUCAAGGUGCAGCACGAUCCCGUGAUGCUCAAGAAGGACGACAGGCAUGGGCACACGGUCGAGGGGAGCGCGCCGGCGCUGCUUGACGCGAUCAACAAGAACGGGCUGGCACUGUUUCUACUGGCCAAUCUCGCCACCGGCGUAGUGAAUCUGUCGAUGAAGACGAUGUACGCGUCGGACGCGGUGGCGAUGGCAGUGCUCUCUGCGUAUGCGCUCGCUAUCUGCGGUGUCGCGUGGGUAUUCAGGAAUAGACGGCUUUGGCACUUUUGA